UUUGAACAUUCUUUCUCAAUAUGGGGUUCCAUCAGGUGUUUCGGGCUCUCUCGGUGUUCACCGAUUAGUCGAGGCUUUAAAACAUGCUUUUGCAAUUAGAAUGAACCUUGGAGAUCCAGAUUUCGUUGAUGUUACCAACGUUGUUUCGGAUAUGUUGUCUCCAAAGUUUGCACAAGACUUGAAAAAGAAGAUAAACGACAAGAAAACCUUUGAUCCAAAAUAUUAUGGUGGCAAGUGGAAUCAGAUCAAAGAUCAUGGAACAAGCCACUUGUCGAUAAUAGAUCAUGAGAGGAAUUGUGUUUCAAUGACUUGUACAAUAAACGCUUACUUUGGGGCGUUGAUACUGUCUCCUAGCACGGGAAUCGUUCUGAACAACGAAAUGGACGAUUUCUCGAUCCCGUUGAAGUCCUUCAAUGACUCAGAUGUGCCUCCACCAGCACCUGCUAACUUCAUCCGUCCAGGGAAACGACCUUUGUCAUCCAUGACUCCCACCAUUGUACUCAAGGAUGGCAAAGUUAAAGCCGCGGUGGGAGCAAGCGGAGGAAUGUAUAUCAUCGCUGGAACAACUGAAGUUUUCUUGAAUCGUUUUUUCCGCAACAUGGAUCCUCUUUCUUCUGUCGUGGCUCCAAGAAUCUACCAUCAGUUGAUACCAAACAGAGUUUUGUAUGAGAACUGGACGACGGCUUACAAUGAUCAUUUCGAGAUACCUAAAGAGACAAGACGUGUGUUGGAGAAGAAAGGUCAUGUCCUAACGCCGUUUGCUGGAGGGACGAUUUCUCAGUUCAUAGUUCAAGAAUCUGAUGGAAAGCUUGUGGCUGUGAGUGAUCCAAGAAAAGGAGGGUUCCCUUCAGGAUAUUGAGCUUGUGGAUUUGAUUUUUCUCUCUCCUUGUUUUGUAUUAUUGAAUCGAAGUGAAUUAUAGCAUUUUUCUUCCAAUAAUAUUAAU